CAAGCCAAAACCACAUUCGAGCAGCGUCGAGUGCAGUCGCUACAGGACGAAGACUGCGAACUCCUGGUGCACUGCUCCGGUUUGGCGGCCAAGCACUUGGCUGGAGACGAUUCGGUCUUCCCAAUCCGCGGCCAGAUCAUCAACGUGCACAACCCGAAGCUGAACCAGCUGAAAGUGAGUCUCGACAAGGAUGGAGAGCACGCAUACAUUAUCCCUCGGCCCAACGGCGACGUUGUCCUUGGUGGCACAGUGCAAGAGCACAACUGGAACACUGAGAACGACGAGCAGGACGUCGAAGGAGUGUGGGAGCGCUCCUGCCGUCUGUGGCCUGAGGUUCGCAACAGCAAGGUGAUCGCCAAGAUGGCGGGGCUUGUAGGAAGGCUUCGUCCAGGACGCGCUGGAGGCGUGCGCCUCGAGAUGGAACCAGCUCCCACCCGUCGUGGCGCUGUGCUUGUCCACAACUACGGGCACGGUGGAUCAGGCCACACGCUGCACUGGGGCUGCGCCCAAGAGGUGGUCGAGCUGGCCAAGCAGCGAUUCCCCGAUGAACCAGCCAGCAAGCUCUAG